AGACACACCUGAGAUGAGCUCCCUCUGACAAUCAGCCGCUGGUUGGUCCCAACGUAGCCCCUCCUUCAUCGGACAGGACCAACACAUUAAACGGGUUAAAUCUGUCACCGGGAGCAGCGGGAGAUUCCUUCUCUUUAAUCGGCGGCUUGGACGAUCUCAUCUCCGAGCUUUUCUCCUCUCUAUCAGCAGCAGACUGAAUUUGAAUCCAUCAGUAGAGGAGGGAAGAUCAUCAUCAGCAGCAGAAGACGCAGGAGAAGCAGCGCAUCUCAGACACAGACCCGUGGGCGGCUGCGGGUGCGUCCGUCUGGGCAACAAACUGCUGCAAAUGUCGGUGCUAAAAAGAUUAUAGAUUCAAUUUAUUAUUUUAUGUUGAAUUGGGGGGGAAAAAUCCAAACAACGUUUUAACCUUAACCAGUUGAUAUUUUCCAAACAAGUAUCUGAAAAGUAAAUAGGGGGGCACAUGACACACCGGUGGAUUCACGGAGCCAGGUCCAACACCCAGACUGAAUGAGUCCAUCUUGGACUGUUGGACGGACUCCUUCAGAGGACAGGACGGAUGCAAACGGACUAAACACAAUCCGGCAACUGAAAGCAGCUCCAGCCGCUCAACAACCGGUGCGCUAACGGAACGGGAGGGGACUGUGACUCCGGGGGGAGCAGCUCCUUCUGCAGGGAAAAAAUGCCAUUCCAUCAUGUGCGGGCAGGCCUGCUCUAUCCGGAUAACUACCUGAGCAGCUCCCUGACUGAGGGCAGCGAAGCCUUCCAGCUCACCAGCCUCUCCACUGAGGAGCUGGGAGAGAUCCGUGAGGCCUUUCGAGUUUUGGACCGAGAUGGGAAUGGCUUCAUCUCUAAGCAGGAGCUGGGCAUGGCCAUGCGCUCCCUAGGUUACAUGCCCAGCGAAGUGGAGCUGGCCAUCAUUAUGCAGAGACUGGACAUGGAUGGGGACGGCCAGGUUGAUUUUGAGGAGUUCAUGACGAUACUAGGGCCUAAGCUGCUGUCGUCUGAAAACAGAGAAGGGUUCCUGGGCAACACCAUUGACAAUAUCUUCUGGCAGUUUGACAUGCAGCAGCUGUCUUUGGACGAGCUAAAGCAGGUGCUGUUUCAUGCCUUCCGGGACCACCUGACGAUGAAGGACAUAGAGAACAUCAUCAUCACCGAGGAGGAGAGCCUCAACGAAACCUCAGGGAACUGCCCUGAGUACGAAGGAGUUCAUCCUAAGAAGAAGAAUCGGCAAACAUGUGUUAGGAAAAGCCUGAUCUGCGCCUUCGCCAUGGCUUUUAUCAUCAGUGUCAUGCUUAUUGCAGCCAAUCAGAUGCUGCGGAACGGCAUGGAGUAACACUGGUUGCACUGUGAGCAUGGGGAAUGGGACAGAAACAGCCAUGACCUCACAUUUUCUCUUCACGGCCAAAGCUGCACCAGCCACAACCCAAGCACUUCUCCCAACAAUCAGUUGAGCAUUUUCUGUUUGUUUUCAUGUGAAUUAUUCUUGGAAAACUGUGGAUAAAAUGUUAAGAGCUUCUCUUUUUUUGCAAUAAAGAUGUCACCAGGUAAAGUGACUAGAAUUUUACUGACUAGAACAGUUAUGGUUUUCUAUAAAUUGUGACACUAAACAGGAAUUGUUGUUUUCAAGACCAAAACCACCCUUUAAACUUGAUUUUAUAAUUACCAGAAAUGUGUAUCAGGUGCUUUAAAUCAUGCCCGAUUUUUAAAAGGAAAAACAGCGAACAUACAGUAUCAAACAGCUGCAUAUCUAUCCCAGAAAAUGUGCAGAGAAUGUGAACUGAGUGAAUGUGAGCACUCUUUACUGGUCACAGCAUUGAAAUGCAUACCAAUUUCCUCACAUCUUAUGUAGCUGUGCAUCAGCGCCACAUUUAGCGUGAAACAUUUGUGUCCUCAGCUCAGUCUGCUAUUUGUGCUGCUGUCUUAAAUCUUUAUGUGUAUCUACAGGAAGCACAAUCCCAAAUCUCAGAGAGUGAUAACUUGGUUUUCAUCACAUUUUAGUAAGAGCAGACUAAUUGUAUGAAUUUUUUGCAUUGUGGCAAACACUGUGUAUAUAGAUAAUAGCCAGAAGCAUUUCAAGAGGUGUAAAAAUAGACCAAACAGAAAAUAGACCACUCUGAAUUCAGUAAUUGUCAGGUAUGUGUUUGUGGGGAAAAAAAGGUCUUACAUUAGCAUUCAUUGUAGUACUGCUCAUCCGUACAAACCCCCUAAAAGCAUGCCAGUAUAUAAACUCCCAUUAAUCUAUAAUGUAAUGUAAUCUAUUACUCCUCUCAGAGUAUCAAAGAAGAAAAACCAGUAACUUUACUAUACAUCAAUUUAAAUAUACACCAAUGCCACUUUAUGAGGAAGGUCUGUUGACAAAAAAUGGGAUCCAGUCAGUAACAUGGUUGCAAACUCUUUAAACUUUGCAUGACUGUAGGUGCCAGACACUGAUCUGCUGGGAAUAUAUGCACCACCGUCUCUCUCAGGUUCACAGGGAAUGGACCAAAAUAGAGAAAAAAAAACACUUCAGCACUAGUUCUGUGGACAAGACUAGCUUUUUUAUAUGAGAGGAGGGUAUCUACAGUGAUUGGAAAUUAUAGGGCAACGUAGUUUAAAAAACAACCUCUAAAACCAGGGUAGAAUCCAGAAUCUGAGUUGUACACUAAACUGAGGCUUUAAUUUUCACAGAAUCCGUGACAGUUAUGUUAUAUUAGCUGCAAUGUUCAGAGUUUAGAAACAGAAUUAGGUGAAAACAACAUGGAGGUAUGGUUUCACAAUGCCUUUAGUUUAACUGUAUAGGCUACUGUUGGUGGUGGUGUUACGGGGGAAACUUUCUGUGCGUAUUUUCAGCAACUUAAUUGCAAUUUAGAAAUGUCCUUUCUUCUUGUAGCCACCUUGGACCUUAUUUUUUUAUGGCCACUUAGACAAUGCUAAAUGAGACAAUGGAAAGCAAUGCAAUGCAAUGGACCAGUGGAUCUGGAUUAACAGGAGAUGUGUUUGAUUUGAUUCUUGAAAAAGGGUUCCCUCUAGUGGCUAAAAAGAGAACUAAAGCUUAAUCUAAGUCUUUGUGCUGUAUCAUUUUUUUUGAAGGUUACUUUGCUUCGUAUCUGUAAAAAAAUAUCUUCUAUCCUAAUUUCACUGCUCAGGACUAAAUGGAAGACUGUAAUAUUUGGGAUAUUUAAAGCACAGUGUAUUUUUGUUUUAGAUUAGCAGUUUUGCCAAGCUUACAUGACUGAUUGGUCAAAAUAUAAACCUUGAGACAUUUUAAACCCUGCAAGAUCCCCUGUGUGACACACAUUGUUAAAUUGCAGAAUGAAAAUGACCAAGUGAAUCUGAAUCUAUGUGCUAAAGUUAUAUAUAUAUGAGAAGUAGUGAGAAUAACCUUGAUAAAUGGCAAGGGGACAGCCAUAUUUAGCACAAAAUUCCAAAUGAUCUACCGUAAUACGUUUUACAGUCUAUCGUUUUUAUUUCACAAAAUUCAAUAUAAUUUACACUUAAAAACAGCAACUUAAAUAAAUAUUAGUGAUGGAUUGCACUUUUUUUUAGCAACCAUGACUCACUGUUUUGUUUUUUGUUUUUUUGCAACUGGUGGUUAUUACAAAAAAGGUACAUUUGUCUUUCUUGUAAGCAAGGCGAGAAAUGGGGGGGCCUCUUUUCAGCCUGCUGGAAGGAAGUGUGCAGCACCAGGAGGGAAAGGGUUCAAUUACAUUAAACAAUUGUUUUUGUAACCAGCCCAUGUUCAGUCAUUAGAUUAGGUGUUUAUAUGAUAAUUAUGUGAAAUAUA